AUGGUAACAACAUCCAAGCCUCCAACAAUCACUGAGGCUAUUGAUCUAAGUGUGGCACUAACUAAAGAGGCAAUCAGGUUGAACAAGUUCUCGAUCUCUGACCAGAAGAAGAGGGACACUCACAUUGAGUCAUCAGGUGAGAACAAAAGGAAGUUCUCAAAUUUUAAGAAGGGUACUAGCAGUACUAACAAGAAGGAAGAGGCAAACGCACCAGCCAAGAUCAAAAUUGGUGCUGAAAACAAAGGAAAAGGGUAUAUGGGCACCUUGCCCAAAUGCGAUGCGUGUCAGUUGCAUCACAAUGGACGAUGCCGAGCUGGAAAAUGCGAGUCGUGUGGAAAGGUUGGCCAUUCGAAGGAGACGUGGUGGGUUGGUACUGGUCGUGGUGGUCAGAGAGGUUAUGGUAAUGGAAACAACAACCGUGGUGGCAAUGGGUAUGGAAACCGCCAUCAAGGAGGAAAUGGCGGUAACGGUAAUCGAGCUGGUAGUGGAAAUCAUGGAGCGAACAACAACCAGGGUGGUAAUGGGAAUGGUAAUGGUCGGGGACCAGGUUGUUUUAACUAUGGAGAUGUGGGGCAUUACAAGCGUGAAUGCCCGAAAAUCAACUAA